AUGCCGUCUCAACGGACAAAAAGUACACGCAGAUCUAAGAAGAAUACCCUAUACAAAGGUGAUGCUGAUGCUGCAGAGGCUAUAACGUACCAGUCUCACACAAGAAAGACGCGUACUGGUCGGGAGGUAACUGAACUGGUAAAGGUACCUCUUACAGGUCCACAGAUUUAUCGAAGAAAAGACACAGCUCACCUGCAAGGUGGACAAUUAUUUGAGGGCUACCAACCAGAACCAGAGUCACUGGGAUUUGACUCUAAUUCUGACGAAGAAAAUGUGGACCCUACGGCAGCGAAAAAGACACAGCGACACUAUAUAAACCAGUUUGUUGAAAGAGUCGACAGCCUACUCGAGGCUUUUAUGAGCAGGGAAGCACCUACCCAGUCUGCCACUCCCCUCUGCACACACUGUGAAGGGGGUGCAAAGGCUGCUUGGAGAUGUUGGGACUGUUCAUUGCCAGAGAAUCUGUGCAGAAAAUGCAUGCGGCAAACUCAUCGUACCAAUCCAAUGCACAGGAUUGAACAAUGGAUUGGUACACAUUUUCAAAAGGCUGAGUUAUGGGAGGUAGGAGGAUACAUCCUUAUACCACAUUGCACCAACACUCCAAUGUGUUCUGGUCUGAAGUUCCAAGCAGAGUUUCUUGAAGGAAUCAAGGAACCCAUUGAUAAAACUGAGCAGACCCAACUGCAGGCAAUGGAUAUGGGACGGGCGCCUAUUCAACAUGAACAUCUUGAUCACAUAGACGCCCAUGAUGCUGAAAUGGAUGAAGCUGAAGACCCGCCGCCGCAUCCUGAUGAUGUUUAUGGGAUAUCCGAUGUGGAUUUUAAAGAAUACCUUGACCGUAUAAGGGAAGAAGCUCUUCGAGGUACAACAGAGGUGGUGGAAGAUGGCAACGAUGAUGCAGAGGUGAGAAAAGCCGAUGCGGAUAUAACUUCCAUGGCAUCAUUCUACCCGCAACAUGUCCCGGUUGCCGACGCCCUCAACAACUCAUUAUCAAACCUGGAGCUGAAGGCAUCCACUUACCAAUUCUACAACCUUAUACGCCGCCUCACAAAUCCAAUAUCACCAUCUCUUGUGGCUAAUCUGUACAACAAAUUUCGAAGAAUGACGAGGCUGUGGAGAUGGAUGAAGAAGCUAAAGUGGGCCGGCUUUGCAGGGCAUAAUGGAAGGAGUGCUUUGGAUGUCAAGAAAGGGGAGUUAGCAGUGUUUUGCCCAGCAUGUCCGCAGCCUGGUAUCAAUCUGGAUGAAAACUGGAAGGAUGACAAAAACCGGUGGGUUUACAAGAGGAUUUUUGUGGCCGACGGAAAUUUUAAAGCCAAUCAUGUUUGUACGGAAAAGCCAUCUCAGGAUGUAUGGUUAUCCGAGGGAUCUGGUAUGAUUCCAAAGCGUACAGAAUACACAGAAUUUUUAAAGUCUGCCAUUGAAGCCUUGACGGGAGCCCCAUGCGAGAAUACAUUUCGAGCAAUUCAAAACUUGCUACUAUCUUCUUCAUCUUGUGAUAUUACAGGAGUUGUUGGCAUUGCAUGCGCAAGGCAUAGCUGCUAUGCUCCCAAUGCUCUUGUUGAUUUAUUCAAGGGUGAACAACAAAAGAAUGUGGACUUUGCACUACUAGCAGCUUUGAAAUCGACUGGAGUGGACCCCGACCAGGGAGCAAUGGUGAUCUAUGACAUUAUUUAUCAAUACAUCAUCUAUCUGCUUAAACGUAUUGGACACCACCUUCCUCCAGGACUUAAAAUUGAUAGGGCAAUAGGUAUGUUCCACGUUCAUGCCCACAAGGACCAAUGCUUUUUCCGCUAUGCUCCAACAUUUAUUCCCGGUGCGGCUUGCGUAUGCAGCGAAAUUUUGGAGCCACUGUGGUCGGAUUUAAACGCUGUCUCCCCAGCAGCCCGCACAGCAACCUUGGCCCACCGUGCUGAGCUCCUAGACAAACACGCUUGUGAUUCAAACCAUAAGAAAAUGCUUGGUAUUACCCAAUAUCUUUGUAGGCGGCAUGUAGAAUCCAAAAAAAGGAGGGACGAUUUACGUGAAGUUUUUUCCAACUUGACAAAAUCCGCGGAUCCUGAGACAAUCCAGCUGUGGACAAAGCAGAUUGAGGAGGCGGAAAGUAAAAGACUGACGGACCCAUCAGUCAUGGAUAUUUACACCGCAAAAUGGCCAGGUUCUAAUCCCGUUAGCAUUGAUGAAGUGGGUCCGGUAUCACCAUUGACAUCACUUGAAUCAUGGAUCCAAUUUGCUUUGGUUGUUGAGGAAAAACAAGCAGCUGGGGUGGUUCAAACUUCUACAAAAAGCAUUGGACUACUGGAACAGCUUUUUAUUGAUUGGGAAGAUGAAGAGGACGUACUUGCACCUGGAACCACACCAAUAAUACAUGAAGAAAUUGACAAGCAGCCUUUAUGUCUGCCCUCAAACGGAACUGCACCCAUGUCAUAUGCACCAUGCGAGCUGAAGGCACGGAUAUCACAAGCGCGCGGACAUCUCAAUCAAAUCCGGGAACUUAUAGCGGAGAGAUCUUUCACAUAUUCCGAUAUUGUGCGGAAAGGGCCUCGGAAAGGCGUUAGAACUCGAGGCCGCACUGUGGCAAAUGAACUGAGGGAUCGUAUUUCUCUCCACGCCCUACCAGAUGCGGAUCCAAACUCCAUAGGAGAAGAUGCAGACCCGGCAACCGUUCUAGAAUUCAAACGUGUCCACUGGUUAAGGGCCCGAGCACAUUAUCAACGGUGGCAAGAGGAAGCCACGUUAGUUAGGUAUGAAAUGCAAUGGACAGUGGCGUACUUUAUCCACAAGCGCAACACCUGGAAACAAGCAAUUUCAGAGGAUCCAAAUCUCACAGGGGAGGCAAGGGCAUAUGCAUAUCGCAAGAUAGAGAUGUGGAAUUACUUGGCGUUGCUGAGUGACCAGUCAUUUAGGCGCAUAAAUUCAAAUUAUACCCCUAUGGAAUCAAUGGCCUAA